CCAGUGGCGCCCUUUCUCCGCAGGAUCUCCGAAGUGUCUGCGGUCUGCCAUUUACAAGUCAGGUGUGCGUAAACAGAGCACAGUAAGGGAUUUACGCAACAAAACACGAAAGGAGAAUAGCGCUUUCUACGUAUUUUCCCGGAGAAACGUCCGAGGGGAUGGGCCAGGUUCCCGGGAACCGCUACCUCUGUGUAGCUGCUAUCCGUGCUGAGGUUCGGGAGUUGUCCGGCUGAUGGCACACACAGGCUGCCGACUGCAACGUGUGAAAAGGAGGGCUCAUCGAAGCAGAGGCGCUGCUGUCUUCUGUGGAUAGAAAUCAUCAUGUCGAGUUCCGACGGAGCUACAUGAAAAUGAGACACUCGCUGGACUGUCACAGCCGACGACGUGUUGCAAAUAAACCAAGAGCCAAGUCGUCAGUCACCGGCGGCUUAAAAAACGACUGUGUAAUUGAUUACGCUGUUUGAUGGCAUGUAUCGUGUUUGCCUGACACCCGGCAGAUAACCGAGGAAUCACCAGCUCUUUGAUGUCUUCGCUUGCUCUACUCAUCCUGCAGUUGUAAUGACGUCUGUGGUGGGGUUAUUAUAAAUCUGUAGGUGACACACUUGUGAAUUCAACCCCCAAACCCUGAGCCGGUGCCGGGGAAAAGCGAGGCUGAGGCGCGGCGGGUCGACAGUCGGAGGGAUAUGGGAAAGCGAGCGGAACCGAUGCAGUGGGUCUUGGCAAGGCAUCGUCAUAAUUCAGGGCAGUGAUGCCUGGCAUGGUGAUGUUUCGGCGGCGCUGGUCAGUUGGCAGUGAUGACCUGGUGCUGCCCGCCCUUUUCCUCUUUCUGUUACACUGCAUAUGGUUGGUGGUCCUGUCCGUGGUCCUGUUCGGCCUCCCCUAUGGCUCAGACCAGUCGUGUUCUGUAACGCUGGUGGACCAUGGCCGUGGGUACCUGGGCAUCCUGGUCAGCUGCCUGAUCUGUGAGAGUGCCAUCAUGUGGCUGAGCAUGAGGGGCAGCAUUCUGUACACACAGCCCAGGGAAGCUGUGCAGUACGUCCUCUACAUACGGCUGGCUAUUCUGUUGGUCGAGCUGGUAUAUGCAGUCGUUGGAAUUGCCUGGCUUGUCCAGUAUUAUCAGCCCUGCUCUGAUGUCACUGCCAAAAAUCUGGCUUUGGGGAUUGUUGCAUGCAACUGGCUGGUGAUAUUCAGCGUCUGCAUUACUCUCAUGUGCACCUUUGAUCCAACGGGCCGAACGUUUGUCAAACUGAAGGCCACCCGUCGACGUCAGCGCAAUCUAACUACAUACACACUCAGACACAGACUAGAGGAAGGCCAAGCCAGCAGCUGGAGCAGGAGGUUAAAGUUCUUCAUGUGCUGCACAAGAGCCCAGGAUACACAAUCAGAUGCAUAUUCAGAAGUGGCCAGCCUUUUUGCAGAGUUUUUCAGAGACCUGGACAUAGUGCCUAGUGAUAUCAUUGCUGGCUUGGUACUUCUCCGCCAGAGGCAGAGGUCGAAAAGAUCUUCUAUCCUGGACCAGGCCAACAAUGACAUUAUAGCCUUCUUAUCUGGAAUGCCUGUCACUCGUAACACUAGGUACCUGGACCUUAAGAACUCGACCGAGAUGGGCAUGUACAAGGAUGUGUGUUAUUACAUGCUCUUUGCCCUGGCUGCAUACGGUUGGCCAAUGUACCUAAUGAGGAAGCCCGCCUGUGGGCUGUGCCGCCUCAUCAGCUCCUGCCCAUGUACGUCAGUGUCUGGCUCUCGGUUGUCUCAGUCCGUGACGGUGGAGGAGGACAACUGUUGCGGGUGUAAUCUUCUGGCCAUACGCAGACACUUCCUGGACAGGGACCUCAAGCAGGUCCACAUUGUCUACACAUCCUGCCACGAUGCUGUAUAUGAGACUCCUUUCUUUGUGGCAGUGGAUCAUGGGAAAAAGAAAGUUGUCAUCAGUAUCAGAGGAACCUUAUCGCCAAAGGAUGCCUUGACUGAUCUAACAGGGGAUUCUGAGCGUCUGCCUGUAGAGGAGCAGCACGGGACCUGGCUCGGCCACAAGGGGAUGGUUUACUCAGCAGAAUACAUUAAGAAGAAACUGGAGCAGGAAAUGAUCUUGUCACAAGCUUUCGGAAGAGACUUGAGCAAAGGCACCAUGCACUAUGGCCUGGUGAUAGUUGGGCAUUCCCUCGGUGCAGGCACCGCUGCUAUCCUAUCCUUUCUGCUGAGGCCUCAGUACCCCACCCUUCAUUGCUACUCUUACUCCCCACCUGGUGGCCUUCUUAGUGAGGAUGCCAUGGAGUACUCCAAAGAGUUUGUCUCAUCUGUGAUACUAGGAAAAGACCUGGUACCUAGGCUUGGCUUGUCACAACUGGAGGGUUUCCGACGCCACCUUCUGGAAGUCUUACAGAAAAGUAACAAGCCAAAGUGGAGGAUUAUUGCGGGAGGCACCAAAUGCAUCCCCAAAUCAGAGCUUCCAGUAGAGGACGAGGAUCCUCAGUCUCAGCCAGCAGCAGCGCCCCCCAGCAGUCGCCUCUGGCUUCACCCCAGUGACCUCAGCAUCGCCCUUUCAGCCUCCACGCCCCUCUACCCCCCUGGCAGGAUCAUCCACGUGGUGCACAACCAUCCUCCAGAGUCAUGUUGUGGUCAGGAGGAACCAACCUACUCUGCUCUAUGGGGGGACAACAAGGCCUUCAAUGAGGUCAUCAUAUCACCGGCCAUGCUUAACGAGCACAUGCCCCACAUGGUGAUGGAGGGCCUGAACAAGGUGCUGGAGAACUACAACAAAGGGAAAACUGCUCUGCUGUCAGCAGCCAAGAUCAUGGUGAGCCCCACAGAAGUGGACUUGAACCCAGAGACCAUUUUCAUGGAUGCUUCGGCAACUUCUCAGCAGCCGACACCUACAACCCACCACCGCAGGAACAGUAGUAUUCGACAAAAACCAUUGUUACGUUCAUGUGCCCAGUCUGAGAUAUCUCUGGAUGGUUUCUCUGAGUGCCCUCCUCCCCCAGUGCCUGUUGUGCUGCGUGGAGCACGGGAGCGCCUGGCGGUGGAGCUUAGGGACCGCAAAGCACCACUGGCUGUUAUGGAGAGCCUCUCAGAUGCUGAGUCUCUCUACAGUCUUGAUUCCCGGCGCUCCUCAGCUGCGCUAAGGGGUUCGCCGAUGCUUAGCAGCCUGCCGUUCCCUUUGGAUGCCCCGAUCCCAGAGGAGAACCCAUCACUUAGCUCUCGCACUGAACUGUUGGCUGCUGACUGCCUCUGCCAGGCGACGCCGGAGCACCUCGGUGAGGUUGGGCCCUUCUUUACCCCUCUGGAAUCCACCCCGGAUUACCCCAUGCGGCUGUCUCCUGCCACCCCUCGCUACAGCCGACACCAUUCCCCAACUCUACUUAACCAGAGCGUCUCAGCUCAGCCUUUAAAGCCAGAUCUUAACGCCAACUCAAAAAUGCUUCCUGAUGGAGAUCACCAAGAGAUGCCUGGUGUGUACAGCCCCGGGAGUACUCCCAACGCUCCCCUCAGCCCACAGAUUGGUUUGAGACAAAUGGAUAGGGAAAAAGAAGAUUGGGAGAUGGAGACAACAGAGAAACAGUUAGGAGCGGAGACGGGGCCAGCAGCUUCUACUCCUCCACCCCAACUAUCAAACGGAAACCCCAGUCAGGCGGUGCUGGAGUUCGCCCAGUACUUAGACUCUCUUUUUAGAUUGGAUGGCAGCAGCUCUCCAACUCUGGACCUGUCUGAUGGGGAGUCGGAAUCAGGACGGGGCUCGUUCAGUCAGGGUGAAUGUCUAGGAGAUGGACAGCAGCUGGAUGACAAACAACUUCUUGCCAGAGCAACACUGGAGCCUAACCUCGUCCCCAAACCCCCACGCACUUUCGCUGGAUCUGCCGACCCUUCCUCUGGCAUUUCUUUGUCACCCUCCUUCCCCCUCUCGUCCUCUGAGGAGCUCAAUGACCUCUCACCAGGAGAGGGUGCCCUGCCAGCCAUACACUCCCUACGAACAUCUACCCCUUGCCACUGUCCUGAAGAGAACACACUAUCAUCUAUGGUGUAGUGUCCUCGCAGGACUCCAGUGUCCUUUGCUCUGGACCAAGAGGUGCAGUCAUAAAAACAUAUCACAGUAUAUGCAUGCCAUGGAAUGCAGUCACUCAUCAGAGCUCAGAUGACAGAACUUGACUGACCAACUCACAAACUAUCUCCCAUCUUCAGGUUUCUCCUUCGAACGCUGUUGAUAGCAUUUUCACACUAUUGCAAUGACUUAGAAAAAGAAAAAGAUACCUCUCUCUGCAUGCCAGGGGGCUGUUCUGCUUUUGGGUGAAAAUGAAUAACUGUAGCUUCACAAUGCCAUUCCAACACUACGUUGUCUCAACAACUUUGAGACGCAGCAGCAGCAUUACUUAAAUUCCCUUACGUCAUAAAAUCAAAGGGGAGAUUAGUCACAUGAGCAGGGAUUUAAAAACUAUUUCAAAAGAGGUUGGCGUAGGCACAUCAUCCAGGUUGAUGUACCGUUAAACUUCCUGCACCCUCAGCAGCUCCAGCUUUUAUUUGAGUUACUUUUUUUAAUCAGGAAUGUGAAGAUUGACAUAAUUGUCAAUCAUAAGAAUGAAAAGAUACGAAAUGUUCCUCAGGUCUUUAAAGAAUUGACUUUGAGAGAGAGAAAGUGUGUUACAUUGGUGAGAAUUCAUGUGUCUUAAAAUGUAGUGAUUGUGACAAAGUUAUUACAGACGCCUAUGGAUGUUUUUGAGUCUUUUGGUUACUCUUUAUAGUGCAUGAAGAUUUUUUUUCUUUUUCUUUUUUUUUUUUAAGAGAUGCCACUUAGAUUACAUUUGGAUACUUGCACACAUCAUUUUGCUCAAUUAACCCCCUUUUGCCAAAAAAUACUACAUUGUAUUGCCAAAUGUAUUUAUGAGAUGUAAUUUUGUAUAUGUGUAUGGAUAUUGCUUUAUAUAAACACAAGCUAUGUUCAUUAAUUCCUUCCCCUAGCCAUUCUGUUGGUUCCCAUAUAGACUGUUACACAGCAACACCACAGAAAAAAAUGCCAUCCUUACCUUAAAACACUGCCAUAGCUUUCAUUUUCACAUACAAAAUCCCUGGAUCUUGGGUUUACACCAAUAAUGAACUUACUUAUAGUUGUUCUAUUCUAUACCUUUCUCUUUAGGGAGCUCUUAGCAAUGUGCCCGAGUCUGGGUGUGCAUGCUUUAUGCAUUUCAGAGUAGCAUGGCGGUAUAGAACAAGUUUUGUCAUUACGUCACAGUAAAUAAGCUCUAAACUUGUCCAGAAUUUAGAACAUGUAUGUGAACGUUUGAGAGGCUGGUGUCAGUGGAUAGGACCAAACUGCGUCCCAGGAUAUCAUUUCUCUUGUUCUCAAGGUGCUCUCAGUCAUCAUGGAUGUCAAGGUGUUUGCUUCCCUUUAAUGUGGUUCAUCUCAAAUCUCACUGAGGUUGAACUGGAUGAAUAAACAGGCUGGAACGUCAUGUAUGCCAACUCUUAACCAAUAUGUGGCAAAAACAAUCUUCCAUAUCACUCUGGGUGUAACAGGUGGCUCACAAUUUGCAUUAUUUAUUACAGUUAAUGUUGUUAUCACUUUUAUUGCUAUAUUUGAUGGUAUUAUUAUCCUUAUUGCUCUUGCAACAGAUUGGUUUGAUGUCAGUGGUUUUUAUCUGAGUUUUUUGGGACAGUGUGGAGAACUUUUUAGACUUUCCCAAAUGUAAGAGUUAUAUAUAGUUCCGCUUUUUUUCUGUCUGAGUGGAAACGUAUUUGACAUUCUUCCAUGGCAUGGUGACAAUAUGUUCUUUUUACAAAUGUUUCAUUUUUGGUAAGAAAGGCUGCAGUGUGACAGUCUGCUCACAGUGACCUUUUGGUGUAAUGCCACCAUCAAAGCCUGGAGUCACCAUAGUGAUCUGCAUGGUCUCUGUACUUGGAAAAUGAUUUGCUGUGGUUACUCACAGCAGGCACUUCCAGACAUUUUACAAUCUGACACUACUCAAAUCGGGCUGCCAGUCCGAGUAGGCUCUCACGGGAUAAACCAAGGUUUGGCCAGCAAUUUUCUACAUUUCCAGCUUGCAGCGGGUCAUACACUAGAAACUGCUGAAAGAGGCACUGUAAUUCUUUCCACCAUAAUGUGUACAGCACCAUCUUCUAUGUGUAAUUAUUUAUGCGGAUGUCAAAAAAGGUGAAUUCCAAUAGACUCAUAUAGAACUAUAUAACAAUAAGGAGAUAAUGACUAUAAUAAAGAUAUCAAUAUUGCCACAUAGAGAAAAAAAUAAUUUGAAAGUUAUUUAUUCCAACUAUUGGCAGAUUUAUGAAUUGGUCUAUAUUGAAAGAGGAAUAAUUCAAUGAUGUCUUGUCCAUGUUUACCUGGUUUGCUUCCCUUCCUCUCCUGCCCCAUGAUGCGAAUGUAUUUAAUCCCUCCCCACACUGCCCUGCCUGUAAUUAAAUAAAUUGCAAACUAUGAAAGAAA